UACAGUCUAUGGAAUAAACACUAACGUGCAAGCCUCGCGGUGUUUGGGUGAUUUCCCGCGAGAGUUUGCGGAUUUCGGACAGCGAAGAGGGCGAAAUGGAGAUAUGAGGUCUGAAAAGGAGCAGAGAACAGGAAGCAGGGAGAGAGGCAGCGUGGAGAUCCAGUUCAGGGAGUGUCAGAGGGAGCAGGACAACGUCGCGGUGAACCCGAGGCACAAGGAGGAGAAAAAGGAGAUCUUCACCAAGGUUGUCAUACGCCGACUGCCACCCAGUCUAUCAAAAGACCAGCUCGAGGAGCAUCUGAGUCCUCUUCCAUCUUUUGACUAUUUUGAGUUCUUCCCCGCUGAUCAGAGCUUAUACCCACAUCUCUUCUCAAGAGCAUACAUCAACUUCAAAAACCCAGAGGAUAUCAUUAUUUUCAGAGAUCGCUUUGAUGGCUAUGUAUUCAUUGACAAUAAAGGCCAAGAGUAUCCAGCUGUUGUAGAAUUUGCUCCAUUUCAGAAGGUUUCCAAGAAAAAGUUAAAGAAGAAAGAUGCCAAAGCAGGAACUAUUGAAGAAGACCCAGAAUACAGGCGAUUUCUGGAAAAUUACUCUUGUGAUGAGGAGAAAUCAAUGGCAAAUCCAGAAACACUCCUGGGAGAGAUUGAAGCUAAAACCCGAGAACUCAUAGCCAAAAGGACAACACCUUUGCUGGAAUACAUCAAAAACAAGAAAUUAGAGAAACAGAGAAUAAGAGAGGAAAAAAGAGAGGAGAGGCGAAGGAGGGAACUGGAAAAGAAGCGACAGAGGGAGGAGGAGAAGCGGAAGCGCAGAGAAGAGGAGAGACGAAAGCGAAAGGAGGCUGAAAAGCAAAAGAAGCUCUCUGAAAAGGAGAUAAAGAUCAAGCUUUUGAAGAAAUGUGAUCGAGACGAUGACGUGGACUCAGACAGACUGAAAGAUAAAGGAGACAGCGGAGAAACGGAGAAGAACAGAUGGGAAAAGCCGGCAGGACACACUAAGUCAAAGGAUUCCAAGGAUAAGAGUCAAAUCGAGAGUGAUAAGGAGCAGCGGGAAGGUCACGGCCGUCGCCAGAGGGACAAAGAGCAUCGCGGCAGAGAUGAGGAGCGCAAACGACAGAGGCAUCACUACGAGUUUGACAAAUUCAUGCGACGCAAGGAGGAGACCAAAUGGGGUAAAGGCUACUGCCAGGACAGAGCCAAGAAAGACCAACAUCAUGGCUAUUCUUACUGCCCAGAGACCAGAGACAAACUGGGCAAGGAGGAUCGAGAGGACAUGGGCAGCAGGAAAGAACGGAUUCGCAAUAAGUCUGUGUUAGUGCAUCAGGAGAAAAGGACUUCCCAGUCUGAGGGGCCAGACCAGAUAGGAGGGGCUCUGCCAGCAAAGGACCGACCGGCAAUGCAGCUGUACCAACCUGGUGCUAGAAACCGCAGAGAGAUUUUACUGUAA